UAUUGGUGCGGGCGGCCAUGCGCCUGCCUCGGGCAGACCCCGCCACCACCCAAAAAGUCUCGAGAUCCCCAAGAUUUAUUUCCUGGCGCCGCUCCCCCGUUGUUAUCGCAGCGUAUCGAUACUCAGCUUCGGGUCACUUAUCUGAGGCCCUCCCCACGCCUUCGCAAUGGCCGCUGCUGCUCAUCCCGCAGUGAAUGCUCCCACUACAAGCACGGUUGCUAACAAUGCGCCUCAACCGACACAGCCAACAUGCCAGAACUGCAGCACUUCCACGACGCCGCUAUGGCGUCGCGACGAGAUGGGCAACGUCCUCUGCAAUGCCUGUGGUCUUUUCCUCAAGCUCCACGGGCGGCCGAGGCCAAUCUCGUUGAAGACCGACGUGAUCAAGAGCCGUAAUCGUGUCAAGACGCAUCGUCCCGACAUGCAGAUGAAGAAGAAGAGUCUACCUGCAUCUCAAACCAUGAACGGCCUGCAGUCAGCUGAGAACGCCCAAGCGUUAGCACUUGCUGCGGCACAGCGUGCUGCGCAGAAGACAAACGGCGUCGACUCCCCUGUGUCCCGGACAGGAACGCCUAGCCUCUACGAUCCCAGCCUCGCCGGCUUCUCUCACGACAUGUCCCAGUUCUCGGCCGAUGGGCUAGCCCAGUACCCGCUGCCAACAGGCGCAUCUCAUACCGAUUCACUCAACGGCGACCACUCACAACUCGACAUGCCGCAGACGCAUGAGCAGAUGGUUGCGGCGAACGCGAGCUUGAAAACGCGGGUCAGUGAAUUGGAGGUCAUCAAUGAGCUGUACCGGGGCCGUCUCACACAGCUUGAGCAAGACCAACAAACCGCCGACAACUUCCGCCAUACUGCCGAAGUCGCGUCAAAAGAAGCUGCGCAAGAGCGUGCCAACCGCGAAGAGAUUCAGCGCCAGCUAGAGGAGAGCCACAGGAGAGAAAACAUGUUCAAACGGCGACUCGACGAGAUGGAGCAGGAGAACCAGGACCUCAAGACCCAACUACAGGAGCUAGAAUCGGGCCGGCACGCUAAGAAGGCGAGAACUGAUGGCAUCGAAGAAGAGGCUUUGAUGCAGCUUACUGAGGACGGUCCUCCUGCCGCCGAUCUCCCGCUCGAUCCCGAGGUGGCCGCUGAGGAUCAGCUCUCGCUAGACCCGGAACUCAAGGCCGAACCUGUGUCAGUUGAGAACGUUGAAUAGUCUACAGAUCGCAGUCUUCCGCCGGUGUACUUCACAGUCGCGCGACACUGUAACAACACCUCCACGUUCUCACCCUGAUCACUGGUUGGCACUGCCAUUACUAUGAGCCUCGAAUCAUGUCGUUCCGGGACGAGAACGGUAUUCUUCUAAUGCAUAAUACCUAGUACUUGGCUUCUUCUAGCCAAGAACUACACCAAAAGCACACCCAUAUCUGUAUUUGAUCUCAUGUUUUCGAGCGAUGACGGAGGUGAUGACUAUUUCUUCUCAGCAACGAUAUCCCUCGGCUGGUUCUCCCCCACAAACAGUUAGGCACAGGCUUAGAUUGGCUGGUGCCAAAAAGGGCGCAAUGGAGUUUUAGGGAUUGUGGCAUACCGGCCUAUUACUAGAUAAAAUACGUCCAGCUGUCGUUCAACUGACUCACUCCAAUUCUCACCUGCCUACUCGUUACACAAAGAUUC